GAGAGAAGAUCAGAAGUUUGCAUAAGUGUGCUUCCCUUUUCAAAGUGCUGCUAUUCAAGGGAUCUUUCAAACACCCCUAAAGGACCAUUAUGGUGGAGCAGGAGAUGUUAUCAAAAUGUUUUUGUCCUCAAGAAAAGUGUUAUUCAGCAAUAGUUAUGAACUCCCGGUUACGAGCAUUAGGUGGGAGGAUAAAUAAUAUACGAGCAUCAGAACUACCAAAAGAGAAAACGCGAUCAGAGAUCAUCUGUAAUGUCUACUUUCUGGAUGGCUCAGUACAAAGUUUCCAAGUCAAUAAACAAGAUACUGGUCAGGUUUUGUUGGAUAUGGCCUGUAACCACCUGGGUGUGACAGAGAAGGAAUAUUUUGGCUUACAGCAAAGUGAAGAGUCCUUAGGUUCCCCUCGAUGGCUUGAAUCAAGCAAACCUAUUAGAAAACAGCUUAAAGGAGGCGCUCCCUGGACCAUGCAUUUUCGUGUAAGAUUUUUUAUACCAGAUCCCAACACACUGCGGCAGGAACAAACCAGGCAUUUAUUCUUCUUACAACUGAAGACUGAUAUUUUGGAAGGAAGGUUGUUAUGCCCUCUUAAUUCUGCUGUUGUCCUUGCAUCAUAUUCUGUACAGUCGCAGUUGGGAGACUAUAACUCUUCAGUACAUCAUUCAGGAUAUCUUUCAAAUUACCGCUUCAUACCAGAUCAGAACAAAGAUUUUUUAACCAAAGUAGAGUCACUACAUGAACAGCAUAGUGGUCUCAAACAAUCAGAAGCAGAGUCCUGCUAUAUAAACAUAGCGCGAACCCUUGAAUUCUAUGGAGUAGAAUUACACAGUGGUAGAGAUCUACAUAAUCUAGACUUGAUGAUUGGAAUUGCUUCAGGUGGUAUUGCUGUGUACAGAAAAUUUAUUUGCACAAGUUUCUAUCCUUGGGUGAACAUAUUAAAAAUUUCCUUUAAAAGGAAAAAGUUUUUUAUUCAGCAGCGUCAAAAACAUAAUGAAUCCAGAGAACAUAUAGUUGCCUUCAACAUGUUAAAUUACAGAGCAUGCAAAAAUCUAUGGAAAUCUUGUGUAGAGCAUCACACAUUUUUUCAGACACAGAAGUCACUGCCUCAUGAAAAAAAGAUAUUGUCCCAUUAUUGGACCUUUGGGUCAAGAAACCCAACAAAGUCUGUAAACAGCCAGUAUUUCAGAAAAGUCAUAGGUGGAAUGGUUUGGAACCCAACUAUGAGGAGAUCUUUAUCUGUUGAAAACCUAGAGACCAAAAGCCUUCCUUCUCGGUCUCCUCCUGUUACCCCUAAUUGGAGGAGUCCUAGAUUGCGUCAUGAGAUUCGUAAACCACGGCACUCAUCCGUAGACAACCUUACAAAUGAGAUUGCCUAUAUUACAGAAACAGAGGAUGUUUUUUACACAUAUAAGGGUUCUCCAACGUCAAAGGACAGUGAUUCAGAGUUGUUUCAGAACCACAGCUCUCAGAGAAGGUCAUCUGAACAAGAAUUGCCAAAGAAUGUAUUGGAAAAUAGUCCAACACAGAACUGUCUGACUCAUACCUCACCCGUUACCUUGUCCCAGUUUCCCAAUGGAGUUGGUAACUUAGCAGGCUCUCAUCCAUUGGAUGGGGUGGACAAACAGUUUUUAGAAACAUAUGACAACAUUACGAAAAGGAGCUUAACAGAAGAUUCCAGUCAGUACUACUGUGAUAAGAAUGAAGUAAUUGAUGGAGAUUUGCUUUUGGUCCGAAUCACUCCGGAUGAAGAUGGGAAAUUUGGAUUUAAUGUGAAGGGUGGUGUUGAUCAAAAAAUGCCUCUGGUAGUUUCAAGAAUAACUCCAGGAUCAUCUGCUGAUAAAUGUAUUCCAAAACUGAAUGAAGGUGAUCAGAUAGUGUUAAUCAAUGGUCGAGACAUCUCAGAGCAUACUCAUGAUCAAGUAGUAAUGUUUAUAAAAGCCAGCAGAGAGUUGCACACAAGGGAACUUGCACUUCUGGUCAGGCGGAAAGUUGUCAAGCCCUUGGUCGAGACAAAGCCAGAAGAUGAAACAGAUUCCCAGAAUUUUCUAGAAUCCAUUCUUCCCACAUAUUCGGAGUACGGUGACACACUGGAGAAAUCCAUGGAACAACUGGAGAAAGGGCUAGAAAGUGGGACUGUACUCAUUCAGUUCGAGCAACUUUAUAGAAAGAAACCCGGGCUGGCUGUUACGUGUGCAAAAACAGCUCAAAAUAUGGACAAAAAUCGAUACAAAGAUGUUCUGCCUUAUGAUGCCACACGGAUAAUAUUGCAAGGAAAUGAAGAUUACAUUAAUGCAAAUUAUGUGAACAUGGAAAUUCCUUCUGCUGGCAUUGUGAACAAAUAUAUCGCUACUCAAGGUCCUCUUCCACAUACCUGUGCACAUUUCUGGCAGGUAGUCUGGGAUCAUAGGUUAUCACUGAUCAUCAUGUUGACAACUCUCACUGAACGAGGACGGACCAAAUGUCAUCAGUAUUGGCCUGAUCCACCAGAUGUAAUGGAGUAUGGCAACUUUCGCAUCAAAUGUCAAUCUGAAGAUUGUACUAUUGCAUAUGUUUUUAGAGAAAUGGUGAUCACAAAUAUUGAGACAAAGGAAGAGCACACCAUCACCCAUCUCCAGUAUGUUUCUUGGCCUGAUCAUGGAGUUCCUGAUGACUCCAGAGACUUUUUGGAGUUUGUGACCUAUAUGAGGCCAAAGAGAGUGGAGAAUGAGCCAGUCCUUGUUCAUUGCAGUGCUGGAAUAGGCCGCACUGGUGUACUGGUCACUAUGGAAACAGCUAUGUGCUUAAUUGAGAAAAACCAACCUGUUUAUCCACUGGAUAUUGUACGAAAAAUGCGAGACCAGCGAGCUAUGAUGGUGCAAACAUCAACUCAGUACAAGUUUGUGUGUGAAGCUAUUCUUCGUGUUUACAAGGAAGGAUUAGUUCGACCACUGGAUUCCAGUUAGUACAACUGUGAAAGGAUUAAUUUCUUCCUCCUAAAAGCAACCAGAUGUCAUAAAGCAAGAGUCUCAUUUCUGUAAGUGAUUAGAGGAUUCAUCACAAGCCCAUGGAAGUCAGAUAAGCACAUUUGAACUGUGGCACUUUACAUUUCUGUAGAAGAUGACUAAAUCAUGUACAGUAUAAAGAAGACGUGUAUAUAUGUAUAUGAGAGCAGUUGUGCAUAAUAUGCAUUAUAUACAUAUUGAAAAGAAAAAAAUCAAGGAAACCUUAGUUUAUAAUCUGUACAUAACCUGCUACAAAAACAAGUUUUCCAUGAGAAGUUACUUUAACCCUGGUGUUUACCAUUCUUAAAUACAAAAGGAAAGCAAACAAUAUUAAUAAAGCGUCCCAAACUAUGAGGUGUUGAAAGACUUCAUCUACUAUUGAAAUCAAUGGGAGCUGAAUGCUCAAGAUCUUGCAAGUUGGGUACCAGAAUAUCAAUAUACAAAAUUAAUCUUAUUUGAUUCAUAGAGGUUUGUCAGACAUUCUGUAUAAACAGAAUGACAAGGGUUAAACCCUUAAUAUGUUCAGUAAGACCUGGAACAAUUAAAGAAUUAACUCCCAUCAAUCUAAUUGCAAGUACACCAGUUAUACAAAUAAUUUUUUGAUAAAUCAAACAUAGCAUACCCGACAUGCAAACUAAUGCUGCUCUGCAGGCUUUAUUGAGAUCUUCCACAGCUUGGUGGUGGGGGGUUUUUUUUUUCUUCGUUUUCUUAACUUUUCAAUAGUUUGCCUAUUUCCUCUAGCCUCUUUUGUUCUACUUUCUACCUGAAUAUGGUACUUCCUGUUUAUACUUAGUUUCACUGUUUUCUUGUGUUUUUCUCUUUAUAGACUGAAAGCAUUUAAAUCAAAUAUUUAUCUUAUUUAUCUUUAUUUCCCAAUGUAUUUAUUACUUCUCACAGGCAGGCAUUGGCUAUGCACAUCAACUGUUAAAUACUUUAAAUGCACACUGGCCCAAUCCAGUAAUGAAAAAAAUUACUACUGUACCUAUUAAAAGUGUUGCUGCUAAUUCAAAGUGUAUAGCUUGCAAGGACAGGGGCUACUAUGUUCAGAUAAGAUGAUAAAACAUUGACUUCAACAGUGUCAUUCAAUAGAAAUCUUAUUCUGAUUCAGUGAAAUGCAGUAGUGUGAGGUACUGGUCUUUCAUGUUUCUUUCCUUUGUAUAAAUGCAAUUAAGUCCAUAUGAAGACUUCUGUGUAAAGAGAGAGAGAGAGAGAGAAUGUGUGCUUUGCUAAAUACUUCACCAUAAGAUACAACGGUUUCCAUUUCAUUUCAAAGGGGAGAAUUGGACUUUCUGAACAAUAUAACCACAUUUGUAUAAUGUUAAUUUAUUCUGAAUACACUUUUUGCUUGUCCUAGGUAAUUCUGUAUUUGUGAAUAGUGUGUUAAUUUUAAAGAAAAUAUUCUAUCAGUUUGUAUAUAAUUCUGUUAUUUAAGGAUUCAUUCUAAAUAAGGAAAGUUGUGUAAAAUUUAUAAUAAGCAUAUAUGCCAGAUGUUUAUAUAUGUGUAGAAAAAUCUGAUUUUCUCCUUUAUUUAUACACACAAAAUAUAGUUCUAACAUUAUGAAUAAUAUCAUAAUACAACAUAUUAUUUUAUAGAAACAACUACACCUCCAUAUGCUACACUCUGCAAUGACAUCCAAUAGACUUUUUUCAGAAGAAAAUUGUUUGGAAGCAGGAGUCUAGAUCAUUCAUCCUUGUGUUCUGCAGAUUGGUCCCUUCUUGGGGAUUACAUCAUUAGUCAUAGUUGGCGGGGAAGAGUUUUUUGGUACUUCUCUUUAUCUAGUACUGGUCAGGACAAAUGGGGUUAAAUAGCAUCGUAGCUAAUGUAUAUAAGUUCACUACCAGGAGGUUUCCUUUUAUUAUAUCUCUGGGCUCCUUUGCAUCCAGUCAGCACUUUCAGAAGUAGCACUGCCUCCUUCCUACCCUCAUCCUCCAGGUCCUGAAGUGCAGCUUAUAGUUCACCUUACUGGCAAUUGAUAGUGUGACAGGAGCCAUAAAAGAAAUCUAGAAAAGAGCAUAAGAGGACAAUAAGAACCUUUGGAGACCGCCUUGUGGUAUACAUUUAAUUGCUUAAAAUAUUUUACUAUUUUUAUCCUAUUUGUGUUCCAGGAGGUUAAUGUGUUUCUGCUACUACUUAGGCUUCUCUUUAUUAUGUCAAGCAUAUAAUGCUCUUACCAAAAUGCAGUAAGUUUCUUCCAGUACAUAACUUCAGUAUCUUCCAGCUGUGCUGUACAGCUUUGCCUUAUACAUUCGUGUGUGCAUUUAAAAGAGUGCAAUCAGAUUUUGCUAUAUAAAGCUUCUCCUUUUUGGUCUGGUAGAUCUAGAGAAAAUAGUGCAUUUUAUUUUGAAUUUUUUCAAUUAAUAUUUGGGUUCUCAGAAAACAUAUAAGGCACUGGUUCCUGCUAUAGCAUUAACUUGAAAUAGCUGUUUAAAAAGACAAUUUGAUCUCUGUAAUAAGUCUAUACUUUUUAAGAGCAAAUAUUAACUUGAAACUGACCAGUACGUUGCUUCUAUUUCACAGUCUUACUGGGCUUUGCACAUGUACAAUAAGCUUUUUUUUUUUCUUUCUUUUCUUUUUAAAUGCCCAAUAUGGGCCUUCAGGGAAUGUGUGGUGAUUUUGCACUAGGUUAUAUAAACCUUAACAUUUGAUCUUGCAACAGAAUAAUAAUAAAUAGAAAGGUCUUUUCAACUCUGAUGUUUUUGUCACAAUUGUAUCAACUUUAGCAAGAUGUGUGGGUAAUUAUAGAUGCACAAUUGUUAUUUGAUAAUAAGUGGGAGAUAAGCUCUUAAACCCUAAAAUACUUUCCUGCCAGAGUGGAGUAGACAAGUAUAAAAGGCAAUGUUGUGAAGCCAAGAGUCCACAUACACCAACACAAGCAUUCUUACCUCAUUUUUUCUUGUUAGUAUGUAGUCAAUUCAUUAAAAUAGUAUAGUAUUCAAAAUUCAUAGCUUGGAAAAAAUAGGCCUUAUGUAUUCUUGUCCAUUGGUAUAAGUACUAAUUUUUAUUUUUCUGAAGUUGGUUAAACUUUAAACCAAAGUAGUUUUAGCUUUGCUACUCAAGUAAACCAACAUGCCUGUUACAAAUGUUUUCAGAAUUUUGUCCAAGGAGCCCUAUGCUUGAUGUUCCAUAGCUAUAGUAAGAGUUGCAGAUUUUACCCUAUUUUGAAAAUAAAAAUGGUGCCAUAAACUCAAGAAUGCCUUCAGUAUAUAUAUUAGGUCUAAUCCAAUUAAUACAACAAAAAAGAAAAGAUAUCAAAGAUUGAAUACUACUUGUUUAAUACUGCUAGGCAGACCAUAAAUAGACCAUUCUGCACUUGUGGGAUUGUGCCAACUUUUCUCCACAAAUUUUUCAAUUUUGUUGGCAGUUACCUUGUCAUUUGAGCUUUCUCCUUAAUUAUGUGUAAUUAAUAUGUAACUUAAUUGUUCGGCAAUAUAUUGGAGAUUAUAUUUGAUUCUUUUUACCGUACAUCUAAUUUUUUUCUUGUGAAAUAUUCAGUAAAUUGUUUUAAAAGAACAGAAAUUCAGAAACAGUAUUGAGCUAUGUUUGUUUUAUUCUCAAUGUAAUAAUUAACCAACAAGAAAAAAUGACAUUCCUAGUAUAUAGUGUGCCAAAAUGUCAUGUCCCUAUGUGCCCUGCCUUAAAGGCUUGCUGGGUUCGUGCUUGAUAAACUUAAAAAUAAUCAAAAUAGAACAUCUUAAAAGGUUAAUAUAAUCUUCCUCAAAUUUUCUUGAUGGUGUUAUUCUCAGACAUCCUUUAAGAAAACAUUUUGAGGCAAAUUUAUUUUAUUCAUUCACAUAAAAGCCUUUCUAGAAAUAAUGUGCACUAGGAAAUGCUUGUAUAUCCAUUGUUGACCUUACAAUUAUUCUAAUUAUUAAAAAGCUUGUAUUAAUUGAAACUAUAUAGAAGCUAAAGUUAUUUCAUGAAACACUUAAAGGGAGAUGAAAACCAAGUGAAUGAUCAAUUCAUUAUUUAAUACAUAAAUGUUUUCAUUAAAUGUGUUCCCUCGCAUAUAGGAUCUAACACUGAUAGCAUUAAACCAUCUCAGAUUACUGUCCAUUCUAGCAGUAGCAUUAUAUUAAUGGACUAAAUAUGACAAUUUAAUGUUAUAUGAUUGGAUUCAACAUUCAGCUUAUUUCUUUUUCCAAUCAUGCAGUUGCAUAGUACAGAAGACAUCCAUAUAAAAAUGGUCAUAAUAGAUCAGACUGAAGAAUCCUGGGUUAUUAUUGAAUAAUCCAUCCAGUUUCAUUCAGUAUGAUUCUAGCAAUCAAAGGUUUAGGGACACCCAGAGGAUGCAAUCCCUGACUAUUGUGGCUAAUAGCCAUUCAACUUCAUGCAUUUACGUAAUACUUUUUUGAACUCAUUUAUUCUUUUGGCCUUCACAACAUCCCCUGACAAGAAAUUACGCGUGUUGUCUAUGAGUUGGGGGAAGAAGUACUUCCAAAUAUUUCCUUUAAAUCUAUUUAAAAGAUUAUGUUGCCCAUUAAUUCCAUUAGGUAACUCCUGGUUCUUGGGUUAUGUGAUGGGAUAAAUACACUUCCUUAUUCACUUUCUGCACACCAAUCAUGAUUUUAUAGAGCUUUAUUAUAUCCGCCCUACCCCCUUAGUCACCUGUUUUCCAAGAGGAACAGUCCUAGUCUUCUUAAUCUUUUCUCAGAUGAAAGCUGUUCUAUACCCUUCCUCAUUUUUGUUUCUCUUCUCUCUAUUUUUUCUAAUUCUAUAUAUCUUUUUUGAGACAGGCCAACCAGAUCUGCACCCAGUAUUCAAGAUGUGGGCAUACAAUUAAUUUAUAUAUUAUGGUAUUUUAUAUCUUACUAUCUAUCAUGUUCCUAAUGGUUUCUAACAUCGUUAGAUUUUUUGACUGCUGCUGUACAUUACACAAAUGUUUUCAAAAUGGCUUAUGAUGACUGCAAGAUAUCACUCUUGCAUGGUAACAGCUUAUUUAGAACCCCUUAUUUUUAUGUACAGUUGGGAUUAUUUUCUCCAAUGUGCAGGGCGAGCCGAGCCGCGAUGAACCCUGCUCGCCAGCUGCACUGUCCAGCGAUCUUCACAUGUGCAGAUCGUUCUGCGCAUGCGCAGAUCGCCCAAACCCGGCUCUUCCGUGUUGUAAUCUACACGCCAAGCGCGAGUAGAUUACAUAGUUUGUCGAGCCCUGCCAAUGUGCAUUACUUUGCUUUUGUCUGCCAUCUUCUUGCCUAGUCACCCAGUUUUGUGAGAGCCCUUUGUAACUCUUCACAGGCAGCCUUGGAUUUACACUAUUAGUAAUUUAGUCUUGGCUGCAAAAUUUGCCAUCUCACUGUUUACCCCCUUUACAUUUUUAUGAAUAUGUUGAACAGCACAGGUUCUAGUACAGGUCCCUGCGACCCUCUCUCUUCAUCUCUCUAAUGUAAAAAAUUACUAUUUAUUCUUAAUCUUUCUUUCCUGUCUUUUAACCAGUUACUGGUCCAUGAGAGAAUCUUCCCUGUAAUCCCAUGACUAGUGGUGUUGUACUUUGUCAAAGGCUUUCUGAAAGUCCAAUACACUAAUACCAACUGGAUCACCCUUGUUCACAUGCUUGUUGACCCCCCCCCCCU